AUGGCGACCAGCGGCGAGCGCAGUUGCGAGUAUUUCCGUGGGAGUGGCCAGCAUCCGGCCUUCAUCUUCUACCGUUCUGAAUCGAAUGGUUCCCACACUGAAGUCCAGCCCAAGGCAGCAGCCGGUGGGCUUUGUUAUUAUCCCGAGGCGACUUGUGAAGUGGCCGAUUUCAGCUGCUGCGCAGUGACCAGCGCCGUGAGCAAAGAAGCCGACCGGUGCCAGCUACACAACACGAUCUACUGCUUUGCGGCCAUCUUUCUGGCCUUCCAGCUUCCUGGCCUCUGCCGACGCUUCGGCUUCCGCAGCAAGGCCUCCGAGGCCGAGGCGUCAGCUCCCAAGUUCCUGAGCCCAAGCAAGGAAGCCUUUGAGAACCCUUAUAAGCCGAUAGAACCCAGACCGACCCCCCACCGCCCUCCGAAAAGAAGGAGGAGUCGGCAGAAGAGGCCUCCCGAGAUCUUCCAAUUCCUGGAAGAUGUCGUCGCUGUGAAGAUCAGCGCGGCCAUGGUUACAGGUGAGACUCAUCUGGUACGGCACAUCUUGAUCAUGGGCGUAGUGGGUGGGAUACUUUGCGGAACUGUCGCUGCAUCAAUAGCCACGGCCAUAUGCAGUUGGCCAGCAGCCAUUCAGUGGAUCCUGGCACCAUAUUCCAUGCACGACUCAUAUCUGCAGUGCCCCCUGGUUCCACAAGGGCCAGCGGCGGCGGACUCGGCUCGGAUGUAUUGGCUCUUGCAGGUCUGGAGUUGGCCCUUGGGUUUCGCCUGCCGCGCCAUCAAAGGAUUCCUUUUCGGAAGUGGGGACAUUGUGUUGGGAAUGACGGUUUUGGGUUUGGCCAAUGGCAUCGUGUCGAUCGGCGGGAUCUAUCUGUUUUUUCUCCCGCAGCCCUCCCUGGACUCGCUGGGCUGGAUCUCUUUUGCCAGCUCUGGCGCUUCGUUUCUGAUUCUUCUGGCUAUGUUUGCAGCGCGGCGGGACCUCCGCAAGCGCUACGACAUGCGCAUCACCCGACCGUCAGACGAGACCGCAGCGAGCAGACCUGCAGAGUUCUCGGUGCGCUCCCUCUGGAAAGAAACUUCGCGUGAAGGCUUCAUGGCCAUGAUCCUGGAUGUCUCAGCCCAGAUGCCUGCAACCGUGGGGAUCUACACGGCCGGGACGAGAUUGGGCUUGGGCGCCAUGUACCAGAUCAGCUCCUUGCAGGCUGCCUUCCCUCAGUAUGGCUUGGCUUGGGUCGUCGGAUUGACGUACGUCCUGCGACUCAGAGGUACUCAGCUGGUCUCCGAGGGAGAGUAUACGCAGUUCCGCGGCUUGUUUCGAUUGGCGACGGUCUACUCGUUGCUGCUCAUCGUCGCCGUCGCGGCAUCGGUCAUCCCCUACAGUGAUGCACUGUCCUUUCUCCAAGCAGAGCAAGCCUGUGAGUACGCUUCGGAUCUUUCUUGCCUUCCUCACUACAACAGCAUAUUUGGCGGCGGCCACAUGACAGGCGACACCCUCCAGCAGGCCUUCCUAUAUUUUUUCACGCCUGUCUUGAUUGCGCGGUGCUUUUACCAGGUUUUCAAAGCCGGGAUGUACGUGUGCUUGGACUGGAGCUUCAUGGCCAAAGUGGGCCUGAUCUCCUUGUCAUGCAUCUUCGUGCCGGCGAUCCUUGUUGCUGUUUGGGGUCUAGGCCUGCCUGAUGAAGUAUGCGCAAACGCGAUCGACGCGGAGGCAGAGACGCCUGCCCCACCGGGUGCCUACGACUUCGACCUCUUCGUGUUGGGCGGCGGAAGUGGCGGCUGCGCCGCUGCUUUGGAAGCAGCCAGGGACAAGACGAAGAAGAUCGCCGUAGCAGACUUCGUAAAGCCAUCACCGCAGGGAACCACAUGGGGAGUUGGUGGUACAUGCGUGAACGUGGGCUGCAUCCCAAAGAAGCUUAUGCACAUCGCAGCAACAAAGAAGGAGGACAUCCAUGACCUGGCCAGCUAUGGGUUUAGGCAGAAGUCUGAUGGAGGUGUGGUUGAUGUCAGUCACGAUUGGCAGGAGAUGUGCAAAGGAAUCCAAGGCUACAUCAAAGAGUCCCUGAACCAGGGUAUGCUGGAUGGCUUCGAAGCCAAUGGCAUCAAGUACUACAACAAGUAUGCCACCCUGAAGGACCGUCAUACGAUUCAGCUGGACGACGGCCAGGGAGGAGUUGAGACGGUCACUGCCAACUACAUCAUGCUAGCGGCCGGGGGUCGGCCCAACCACGGUGGCUACCCAGGAGCCGAUGAGCAUUGCAUCUCUUCGGAUGACCUCUUCUGGCUCAAGGAGGCCCCCGGCAAGACCCUGGUGGUCGGGGCGGCCUACAUCGCCCUGGAGUGCGCUGGCUUCUUGAAUGGCCUUGGCUACGAUACCACAGUCAUGGUGCGUUCCAUGCUGCUGCGUGGAUUCGACCGUGAGUGCGUGGACAAGAUCGACCUGUACAUGCAGAAGGUUGGAGUGAAGUUCAUCCGCGGCACGGUGCCGGACAGAUUCGAGAAGGGUACCACGAAGAAGGUGAAAGCCAUUUGGAAGAAGGGAGACCAGGAGUUUAGCGACGAGUUCGACACUGUCCUCUUGGCCAUUGGCCGCACCGGUGAGGGGGCGAACCUGGGCCUUGAGAAUGCUGGCGUGCACUAUAGCCCCAAGACCGGCAAGGUUGCGGCCCCCGCAGAGGCGACCAACGUGCCCAACAUCUACUGCAUUGGCGAUCUCGUCGAGAACAGGCCAGAGCUGACACCCGUGGCCAAAGUCGCCGGAAAGAAGGUGGUGCACCGACUCUUCCAGGGCGACCAGGAGGCUAUGAACUACCGCCUGAUCGCGACCACGGUCUUCACGCCUCUGGAAUAUGGCAUGUGUGGCCUCAACGAGGAGCAGUGCAAGGAGAAGUACGGGGACGACGGCUACACCUCCUACACGAAGGAGGCUAAGCCCCUCGAGUGGUCCGUCGUGAAGCACCGCAGCCCCGAUGCUUUCUUCAAGGUCCUGGUGGACAACAAGAGCACCCGCGUCGUGGGUUUCCACGUCCUGGGCCCGAACGCAGGCGAAAUCACCCAGGCAGUGGGACUCGCCAUGAAGGUCGGCGUGACGAAGAAUCAACUGGACGACUGCGUUGGGAUCCACCCCACACUCGCCGAGACCAUGACAAUGCUCUCUGGACAGAAGAUCGAAGGCGUCGUGUGCGAAUCCUGA